CCUUCAGCCUUCACAUUUGGGUUCAAAGCUCUUUUCGAGGCGGACGCGUACAAGGUCACAAAACUUAGCCCAAACUUGUUGUGGGUUUCUUUUCACACUAACCCAAUCCCAAUCCAGACAUAAACGUUGCAAUGCGGCAAGCAGCGAUAGUUUGCGGAAUUAGACAUUUCACCUGCACACACAGGAUUCAGAAGUUUGCUUUAGAUCUAAGUGAAAGGGGGAAAAAAACGAACACAAAUUACAGGCAAGCGCUUAAGCUUGGCUAACUCCGAAAUCAGAAGCAAAUUUUGGCGCAAAAAGCAGAACCUCAUUUACGGCGCCGGGUUAUCGACUAGAUCGAGGCAAUUCCAGGAGGGAGAUCGUGAUGGUGAUUGAGAAUUGGUUUUGAUUGCUGGAGCCGUCAGAGUGGGAAGCGAACACGGAGCGGAUCAGAUGGACAAGAACAAGAGCCGUACUGAUAUGCUUGCUGCCGGACGUCAAAAGCUUCAACAAUUUCGCCAGAAGAAGGAUGGUAAAGGAAGUAGCAGUCGAGGAAAGUCUUCCAAAAAGUCGAACAAAUCUGAUGCUGAUGCAGCAUCUUCAGUUGGCAAACCAACAGUCUCAUCACAGGUCUCCAAAGGGGAAACUGUAGCUGUUGACUUGACAGUGUCACAGUUUAUGGAGAGUUCAUUCCCUUCUGGGCUUGAUACUACUGUUGUUUCUUCAUUGGAACCUUCUGUAUCUCUGACAGGCAAUGUCGAGACUGUAGUAGCCCAUAAUGCUGGAGUACCUGUUGAGGUUGAUUCUUCAGUCUCUAACGGAGGGGAAGGUACACAGUGUGUUGAUAGUAUGGUCAGCACAGAAAUACAUUCCUCAACUGCAGAUAUCCCAGUUUCUGAAGGGGAAACAGAACAUAUUAUUGUGCCACAACCUUCUACUUCAGUUGAUACCGUAGAAGGGACAGUGGUUAAACUCAAUUUGGUAGAUUCCAACGAGGGAACUGGGCGGAAUCCACUUUUUACACCAGAUGAUUUUCCUGAUACGUCCCUGUCUCAAGCAAGGGGAGAUCAGGUAACAGAUGAAGCUGAUGGUUUGCGGUUGAACCAAUUCGAUAGGGGUGGUGAAACAGAGUUCGAAAUUGAUGGCAAACUUCCUUUGUCUGAGCAUGGUGAAUGCAAUAAAUCUCCUGAAGGGGAAACUUCAGAAGUAACUGGCUUGCAGGGGCCAUCUAGUGAGGCCAAGCAGGCUAUCAGUAGAGAUGAUGCAUCUGUAUCUAUUGGGGCAGCCAGCAGUUCCCAACCAGAGAAAAGUUUUGCUGCUAGUUACCAGUUGACAAAUAAACUUGCUGAAGAAGCAAUACCUUGUUCACAUGUUGAUGAAAAGCAAGCAAUGGGCUCUCCAUUUGGUGAUUACGGUGAUGACAAGACUUUGGAAGAACAGCAGCAAUGUUUACCCAAGGGCUCCUUUGUGUCUCAGGAUGGAAGUCAUGAAAGAUCUCAUCUGACAAAGUUCACAGGUUUGCCAGAUCCAGUUCUGUCUCUUGUCAGAGAUGGUUCUCCUGUCAGACUCUCUCAGCUAGCAGAGAUGAUAAGAAGUCUAGAUGAAGAUGAAUAUAGGCAUCUGCUAAACUUGCAAGCAAUAGUAUCUAUUGCAGAUGUUGCAACUUAUGGUUUAGCGCUAUCUUAUCAGUCAGAUUUAUUUGAGAAAGUAAAAGAGGAGUUGUAUCUCACAAGUUCUACGAAAGAUAUAUUUUACUUGCAACUUGCUGAGCAGUCUGAUCUGCAUAUGCAAUCUGAUCACCAUUGUCAGCAGCUUAUUGAUGAGAUAUCUGUUCUUCGCUUUUCCGUCAACGGGGUUCUUGAGAAGAAUGCAUGCCUUGUAGAAGAGCUAGCACAAUGCAGGUCUGAACUCCAGGUUUUUGCUAGUGAGAGGGAGGAACUGCAAAGCCAAUAUAAUGCACUUGUGGAUCAGAACAUGUCCUUUCAUGAGAAUGAGAAGCUACUGAAAGAAUUAGCUGACUGCAGAGCCAUGAUUGCAGCUUUACAGGUGGAACAUUCUGAUAUAAGCAAGAGUCUUGCUACGAUGACGGAAGAGAGAAUGAAGCUUGAAGAAGAAAAGGAGUUGCUUGCACUCGGGAAAGAGAAAACAGCUAUUGACUUGGAAGAAUAUAAGGAUUUGCUGGCUGCUUUACAAGUUGAAAAGUCGAACUUGAAUGGGAACCUUGCUUUAGUUACAGAGGAGAGAAAGAAGCUUAAUGAGGAAAAGGAGUAUUUUGUCCAUGAGAACAAGAGACUUGCUUCUGAGCUGCUUGUUCUUCAAGAGCAGUUUGCUACAAAACAUGGGCAACACAUACAACUUGAGGCUGAAUUAAAAGAAGUAACAGUACGACUGGAGAAGCUAAUAGAGGAAAAUAAUUUUCUCAAUGCCAGUCUGGACGUGCAUAAGGCCAAGAUAGCUGAAAGCGAGAGUAGGGAAACCCACAAUGUUAAAGCUGGGAGUCAAGUAAAAAAUUUGGAUGCAGUUAGUGGGGUCCAUGAAAAUGCUACUGAACAAGAACAUUCCUGCCAAAUCCCUUGGAAGCGAGAUCCUGACUUAUCCACCGUGGUAUUGGAGAAAGCCUUGCCUGAUGAUUUUGGUGGGCUGUCACUUGCAUUGCAUGAGCAGGAAAUCUUUGAUGAAUCUUCUGGUUUUCUAGUCUUGAAGGAACACUUGAAGGAGGCUGAAAGAAUAUUGCAAAACCUUGGAAUGGCAAUUGAACAGAUACACUCCCAUUCAGUGUCAUUACAACAGUCCAGCAGUAAACCGGUUGUGCCAGGAGUAUCAAAACUAAUUCAAGCCUUUGAGUCAAGAGUGCCUCAUGAUGAACCUAAGGUUGAGGAAAGAGGUUUGACUGAAUGUCAAUCACUGGGAGACCUGCUUGAUUCAACUAAAGAGAUAACGGAAGAUCUAAGAGCAGUGCUUAAGCUAUUGGUUCAGGAUGCUGAUAAUGCCAGUUCCUUAUACAGAGGAGAGAAGAAUUGUAGAAAAUCUGCUAAUUUGACAUUCGGAGAGCUCAUGGUUCUACAUGAAUCUUUGAAGGAAUACAGUAAUAGUCUUGAAGCAACCAACAUUGAGCUGGCGGUUCUGUAUGAAGCUAUUAAGCAACAUUCACUUUUAGUUGAAGCUAAGAACAAGGAAUUUGAGGUUCUUUAUGAAGCUCUAAAGCAGCAAGAAAGUAUAUGUAGUUCAGAAAAUGCUGAGCUUUGCCAGAAAUUGAGCUAUUAUCAGUUGAGACUUACUGAAAUGCAGGGUCACUUUUCGGAUUUACAGAAAAGGUCAGAUGAGAUGGCUUCUGAUUUAUAUAAACAGUUAGAAAGUUGGCAGGAGGAGGCAGCUGAGAGGGCAUUGACUGUUGAACUAGAAUGGAAAUCUAAGCUCACUCGGAUUGUUGAGACAGUCAGGAUGCUUGAUGGAUACGUUGGGAGGCUUUCCAACUCCAGCUUCUCGAAUAACAGCAAUGAUGUUUUGGAUACAAGUAGCCAGGUCACAACAUCUGUUACUUCUGCCAUUAAUACAAUCCAAGAUCUGCAAGAGAAACUAGAAGCUGCUAAUGCAGGUCAUGAUGCGAUUUCUAGUUCAUACAAAGAAGUGGAUGAGAAGUAUAAUGAUUUACUCAGGAUGAAUGAAGUUAUGACACAGAUACUACAGGAGAUGUACAAUGGCCUGAAGAAACUUUUAAUAGAUUCGUGUGCAUUGGUGGGUGAGGCUGAGAUGAAUCCAAAAGUUGAGAAGCUUCCAGAUCUCUUAGAUUAUAGCAAGUAUACAAUCUUCAUUGAACAACUGGAGAAUGUUUUGGGUGAAAGGCUACAUCUCCAGUCUGUUAAUGAUCAACUUAAUUCAGAAUUGGUGAAUAGGACAAGAGACUUUGAGGAAAUGAGCAGGGAAUGCCUUAAUUCAAAUGCCAUUCGAAAGCUUAUAGAACAUGUUGAGAAUGUUGUAGAACUGGAAGACUACGAAACUGACUCAGAUAAAACACCUGGUUCCCGUCUUGAAUUGUUAGUUUAUUUGCUUGUUAAGAAAUACAAAGAAAUUGUUGAGCUGGCGAGUGAUUGUAGAAAGGAGUUUGGUUCUAAGGUGAUCGAAUUGACAGAAUUAGAGGAAAAGAUGCAUCAGUUAGAUGCAUUGAGGCUUCAGCAGGAGCUGGAAAUCCAUACUCUGAAAGAAAGUCUGCGCCAGGAAGAGGAAGCCCUUGUGACUGCACAUUCUGAGUUACAGGAGAAAAAAGGUGAACUUGAACUGUCAGAGCAGCGAGUGUCUUCAGUUAGGGAGAAGCUUAGCAUAGCUGUGGCAAAGGGGAAAGGUUUGGUAGUGCAGCGUGAUGGUCUUAAGCAGUCACUUGCAGAGACAUCUGCUGAACUUGAGAGAUGCUCUCAGGAAUUACAAGCAAAAGAUGCCCGACUUCAGGAAUUAGAAAUAAAACUGAAGACUUACUCAGAGGCAGGUGAGCGUGUGGAAGCUCUGGAAUCUGAACUUUCAUACAUUCGCAACUCAGCUACUGCUUUAAGAGAAUCAUUUCUUCUCAAAGACUCCGUACUGCAGAGAAUUGAAGAGAUUUUAGAAGAACUAGAUCUGCCUGAGCAUUUCCAUUCUAGAGAUAUUAUUGAAAAGGUUGAUUGGUUAGUAAAGUCCACCACUGGUAAUUCUUUGCCUCCCACUGACUGGGAUCAGAAAAGUUCAAUUGGAGGUUUACACUCUGAUGCAGGUUUUGUUCCUGUAGAUACCUGGAAAGAAGAUCCGCAACAAGGCUCAACUUUAGGGGAGGACUUGAGAAGAAAAUAUGAGGACCUUCAGGGUAAGUUUUAUAGGUUGGCAGAACGAAAUGAAAUGCUGGAACAAUCCUUAAUGGAAAGGAACCACUUGUUGCAAAAAUGGGAGGAGCUUUUGGAUGGAAUCGACAUGCCCUCACAAAUGCAAUCCAUGGAACCUGAAGAAAAGAUUGAAUGGUUAGGAAGGGCGUUUACAGAGGCUAAUCAUGAAAGAAAUUCUUUGCAGAAGAAGAUUGAUAAUCUUGAAAAUUAUUAUGGGUCACUAGCUGCUGAUUUGGAGGAGUCAGAAAAGAGAGUAGCUGAUCUUGAGGCAGACCUUCAAUCAGUUACACUUGAGAGGGAUCAACUUUCUGAAAAAUUGGAGACUAUGACUUCUAAUCAUCAUAACUUUUUGGCAAAGGCAGCUCAUUUUGAAGUUGAGAAUGAAAACCUUCAGAUUAGAGUCAGUGGUUUGCAGGAAGAAUUGGUUAAGAGGAUGGAGGAGGAGGAACAUCUUCUUAGGAUGGAUGGUGAAAUAAGGAGAUUGCAGCACUUGAUUUCUGAUGUGUUACUGGACGCUGAUGCAAAAGAUUUGGUUUCAGGUGGUAGUAGUACUGCAUGCUUGGAAAGAUUAUUGAAUAAGCUUAUAGAGAAUUACACUAAUCUCAAGUCCAUGAAUCCUGACCUGGUGGAUGUUGAAAUGGACCAGCCCAAGAUAGGCGAUGCAAGCCUUGAUGAAGCUAGAAGCAGAGAUGCACUUACUACUGAGGAGGAUGUAGCUUCUUUAAAGAAAAAGCUGGAGGCAAUGCUGCUUGACUUGAUGCAGGUGAAGGAUGAAAGAGAUGAAAUCUUUGGAAAGCAUCAAUCUUUGCUUCAUGAAGUUCAAGCACUUGAAAGGAAAAGGGAAGAGUUGCAAGAGCUCCUUAAUCAAGAAGAGCAGAAAUCAGCUUCUCUGAGGGAAAAGUUAAAUCUUGCCGUUAGAAAAGGGAAAUCUUUGGUGCAGCAACGUGACAGCCUGAAGAAAACCACUGAAGAUAUGAAUGCUGAGCUGGAACGCUUGAAAUCUGACCUUAGCCACCGAGAAAAUGCUCUGGCUGAUUAUGAAUUGAAGAUGAGGGACUUCUCUGCUUACCGCGAAAGGGUAGAAUCCUUAGAAGCUGACAGUCUGUUCUUGAGGAAUCAUCUGUUAGAAACUGAGCGCAUGUUGGAGGAGAAAGGGCUUUUAUUGAGCAGGAUAUUAAAUGCAAUAGCUGACAUUGAUGUUGGUAAUGAAAUUAACAUCUCUGAUCCGGUAGAGAAGUUGGAACAAAUUGAGAAAGUUUGCCAUGAUUUGCAUGCAGCUGCAGCUUCUUUGGAACAAGAGUCACGGAAGUCAAAGACUGCUGCAGAGCUACUGCUUGCAGAGUUGAAUGAAGUGCAAGAGAGAAAUGAUGGUCUUCAGGAAGAUCUAGCGAAACUUGCUAGUGAACUUACAGAAGUUGUGAAAGAAAGGGAUGUGGCAGAGGCUGCAAAAGUUGAAGUUCUCUCACGUCUUGAGAAGUUGUCUGCAGUUCACUCUGAAGAAAAAAGGAAACAAAAUUCCGAAUUAGUCAUGUUACAAUCUAGUUUAGACGCAUUGAGAAAUGGUGUCAAUAAUGUUCAGGGUUUGGCAUCUAAUAUUUUCUCAAAGGACUUGGAAUUUCUGCAAAAUUUGGAGGUUAUCGUUAAGUUAUGCUUGGAAGGGGGUGAUGCCGAAGAUAUGUCUGGCUGGCCAUACAGUACCUCCAGCAAUUUAGAGGACAAGGAGAACAUUCACUUCAUCGAAACUUGGCCGGUUGCCAAUAUGCAGGACCCUAUGGAUGACAAAUCAAUAGUUGAAGUUUGUGGUUUACUCUGGCAUCACCUGCAAGAUUUGAGAACUGAAAUUGCUGCACUGAAAGAAAAGUUGAUUGUGCAGUCAAAAUCAUUACAAGAAAAAGGUCUUGGGAUAUGGAAUGUAUUGGAGAUCCUGCAUAGAGAAAAAAAAUCUCAGAAAGAGUCAUUUGAAGCUAUGAGGAGAAACAUUAUGCAUUUAGAAUCAGUUGGGGAAGAGAGAGACAUGGAGAUUCUUGUGUUGAGAAGAAACAUUGCCUUCCUUUACGAAGCAUGUGCUAAUUCAGUCUUGGAAAUUGAGAACCAGAAAGCUGAGCUGUUAGGAAAUAAUUUAGGUACUGCAGAUCUGGGGACUAAAAUGAAGCCUGUAAUAUUCGCUGAUGGAGUACAUUCUCUCAGUGGACAAAAUAUUGUUUCUGCUGAGGAAAAUAUCAAGACUAUGGCAGAUAAGCUUUUUUCAACAGUGAAAGAUUUCCUGCGCAUGAAAGCUGAAAUUAACGAAGGAAGUCAGAGGGAAAUGAGAAUUACCAUAGCAAAUUUGCAGAAAGAGCUUCAGGAGAAGGAUAUCCAGAAAGAUAGGAUAUGCAUGGAGCUUGUUAGUCAAAUCAAGUUAGCUGAAGCUUCUGCCACGAAUUACUCACGAGAUCUUCAAUCAUCAAAGACCAGGGUGUAUGAUUUGGAGAAAGAACUGGAAGUAAUGAGAGAAGAACAGACUUCAUUGCAGCAGAGAGUAAAAGAACUGGAGAAUGUGCAAACCAACACAGUGGAAUUGCAGGAUAGAGUCAAAUCACUGGCAGAUGUAUUAUCAUCCAAGGACCAAGAAAUUGAAGCCCUUAUGCAAGCACUUGAUGAGGAGGAGGUCCAAAUGGAAGAGUUGACAAAGAAGAUUGAGGAACUAGAGAGAGUCCUGCAACAGAAGAACACAGAUUUAGAGAACCUUGAAGCUUCUCGUGGAAAGGUUGUGAAAAAGCUUUCCGUCACUGUGAGCAGGUUUGAUGAACUUCGUGAUCUAUCAGAGAGUCUUAUUACCAAGGUUGAACAGCUUCAAUCACAACUACAAGAUCGGGAUGCUGAGAUUUCCUUCUUAAGACAAGAGGUCACAAGAUGCACCAAUGAUGUUCUUGCCGCAUCACAAGUAGGCAAUAAAAGAGACUCAGAUGAGAUAAAUGAAUUUCUGACUUGGUUGGAAUCAAUUAUUUCUCGUGUUGGGUUACCUGAUCUGCAUUUUGAUACAAAGAAUAGUCAGGUGCCUGAAUACAAGGAAAUAAUACAAAGAAGGAUCAUUUCUAUUAUAUCUGAACUGGAAAACCUACGGGGGGUUGCUCAAAAUAGGGAUGAAUUGUUGCAAGCAGAACGGAGUAAAGUGGAGGAGUUGACACGCAGAGAAGAAACUCUCAAGAAGACUUUGCAUGAGAAGGAGUCCCAGUUAAAUUUGCUUGAAGGUGUCGGAGAUGUGGGUCAGGCAGCUGGUUUGAUCUCUGAAAUCGUGGAGGUUGAACCUGUGAUAAACAAGCGGGCAAUAGCAGGGACCUCUACAACAUCCCAAGUUCGUAGUUUGCGUAAAGUCAAUACUGAUCAAGUUGCUAUUCCUAUUGAUGCGGAUGAUGGUAACAAUAGUAGGUUAGAAGAUGAAGAUGAAGAUAAAGUUCAUGGUUUCAAAUCACUUACCACGUCAAGAGUUGUUCCAAGGUUUACGAGACCAAUAACUGAUAUGAUAGAUGGCUUAUGGGUUUCUUGUGAUCGGGCGCUCAUGCGACAACCUGCCUUACGGCUUGGCAUUAUAAUCUAUUGGGUUUUAUUGCAUACGCUGUUGGGUGCUUUUGUAUUUUGACAAGUCAAUCUGGUUAUCCAUUGAUUUUGUGAAGAAGUUUAGCAAGGAGCCCCAACCAUGAUUUUGAAUUUAAAUGCGUACUUGGCUCCUUAGUCCUUUUAUCCAUUGAUUCUUUUUUUAGCUCAACCAGGUAACUUUGAUUUGCAAUUUUUUACUUGCCUGCACUUCUCAGGUAGCUUGGUUAUGUCCAAUAAGGAAAAAUUCUUGUUACAAAUAUUUAGGACUGAGUUUUAAGGAUUCUUCAGUUUGAAUCAACCAAAGGUUGUAAGAUGCUUAGUGUAGUUAAGAAAUGUCUACAAGUUAUACUACACAAACAGAAAUGCUGCGUUUUAAGAA